GGCAGCUUGUGCUCCGUGUCUGUUAAAUACCUACCCCUUCCAGCCUUGCUACGCUGCUGCGUGUUUGCAAGUCGUGCAAAGCCGACACACGCCUUGGUCUGGCCAGAAGUAUGCUUGGGUCGGCUGAUUGCAGCAGAUCUUUUUCUUACGUGUGCUGCUGUCUCUCAAGCAUCUGAUUGCGCAGCUGUCCUUGUAACUCCGGAAUUCCCGUUCAUCGAUAUAUCUGCCCCUCCUCAUCCGUCCUUUCUGCCCCCACCGCAGCAUCGGAACCAACGCGCAAGCCCUGUCGCAGGGAAAAGCCACGAAACAAACGAAGAAACCGCUCUACACCAUGGCCGACUUACAGGGCCGCAAGAUUUUCAAGGUCUUCAACCAGGAUUUCAUUGUCGAUGAGCGGUACACGGUGACCAAGGAGCUGGGCCAGGGAGCCUAUGGCAUUGUCUGCGCGGCCGUGAACAACCAAACCAACGAGGGCGUCGCCAUCAAGAAGGUCACCAAUGUCUUCAGCAAGAAGAUCCUGGCCAAGCGCGCCCUGCGCGAGAUCAAGCUGCUGCAGCACUUUCGGGGCCACCGCAACAUCACUUGCCUGUAUGACAUGGACAUUCCCAGGCCCGACAACUUCAACGAGACGUAUCUCUACGAAGAGCUGAUGGAAUGCGACCUUGCGGCGAUCAUCCGGUCCGGACAGCCGCUCACCGACGCCCACUUCCAGUCGUUCAUCUACCAGAUCCUCUGCGGUCUGAAGUACAUCCACUCGGCCAACGUGCUGCACCGCGAUCUCAAGCCGGGCAACCUCCUCGUCAACGCCGACUGCGAGCUGAAGAUCUGCGAUUUCGGCCUCGCGCGCGGCUUCUCGAUUGAUCCCGAGGAAAACGCCGGGUAUAUGACCGAGUACGUCGCAACGAGAUGGUACCGCGCGCCCGAGAUCAUGCUCAGCUUCCAGAACUACACCAAAGCUAUCGACGUGUGGUCGGUCGGAUGCAUCCUUGCUGAGCUGCUCGGCGGCCGGCCCUUCUUCAAGGGCCGCGACUACGUCGACCAGCUCAACCAGAUCCUGCACAUCCUGGGCACGCCCAACGAGGAGACGCUCUCACGGAUCGGGUCGCCGCGCGCCCAGGAGUACGUGCGCAACCUGCCGUACAUGGCCAAGAAGUCGUUCCCCUCGCUGUUCCCCAACGCCAACCCGGACGCGCUCGACCUGCUUGACCGCAUGCUCGCCUUCGACCCCUCGCGCCGCAUCUCGGUCGAGGCCGCCCUCGAGCACCCCUACCUCGCCAUCUGGCACGACGCCAGCGACGAGCCCGACUGCCCGAGCACCUUCAACUUCGACUUCGAGGUCAUCGAGGACGUCAACGAGAUGCGCAAGAUGAUCCUCGACGAGGUCUUCCGCUUCCGCCAGCUCGUCCGCACCGCCCCCGGCGCCACCGUCCACGGCGCUCCCGGCCAGCCCCAGGCCCCCGCCCAGGUCCCCAUGCCCGCCGGCGGCCCGAGCCAGCAGUGGACCGCCGAGGACCCGCGCCCCCAGGAGUAUGGCACCAUGCAGGGGCUCGAGGCCGAGCUGGCGGGCAGAUGAGGGGUCUGUCCUUCC